GGGGAGAGGAGGGCGGCCGUUUUUUGGUGGGGCGAGUGAGUGUCAGCCCUACCCCUCACCUCAUGCCCGCAGCUCUGCUCUUCCUCUUCGCGAUGCACGACCACGACCGGAGCGGGCAGCUGGACGGACUGGAGCUGCUACAGCUGCUGGGGGCGGUGCUGACCCAGGGGGGCGCGGGGCGGCCCAGCUCCGAGGCGGUGGCCGCCCUGGUGGACCGCGCUCUGGAGCAACGGGACCGUAGUGGGGACGGACUGCUGGACCCCCCCGAGUUGCUGCUGCCCGCCCCGGCAUGGGGACCCCCGCGAGGAGGCGGCGCUGCCCUCGAGGAGAGGGCGGAGGGGCACGUUGGGGAGCAGGAGGGCAUCCCCGCGGUGGGGGAGGAGACGCUGGGAGGGGACGCGGGGACGAGCAGCCCCCCAGAAGGACAGGUUCUGCGGAGGGAUGGCGGCGUCCAGGCAGAGGGUCAGGGAAUCCCCGAGGUCGGAGCUCCCUUGGAAGAAGACGAGACGGCGGAAUCCGAGACGGUCAUCGAGGACAGAGAGCCCCGGGUCGAGCCCCCCGAGGCGCCGGCAUCCCCCGCCUGGGGGGAUCCCGGGGAGAUGUAGGCGCGAGAAGGGACUGCGGGCUGUUCCCCGCCUCAUGGCUGUGGGGGCUAUCGGAGCUGAGGGCCUUCCCACGCGCUUCCCCCGCCGCAGCGGGCUCGAUUGCAAGGGGUGGGGGGAGUCAGGACACGCGGGUUCGCGCUGUAACGCGGGGCCGAGGAAUACAGCCGUUGCUGCCCACAGUGUGAACAGAGCAGGGGGGC